AUCAAGAUCUGGGGAUGAUGAAGAAAUAUCAUAAGAUGUAUUCAGCAUUGGCCACUUAUGGCCUAACUGAGGAGGAAAGCGCGAUGAUGAAGAUGUUGGAAACGGAUCUGUCUUCAGAGUCAUACCUCAUCACUGAGGAUUCUAGCCUCGGCCUAAAGAUCAGUUAUCAGGCAAUGAUGGAGAAUUGUAAGCUGGAAGCCAAUACUGACAACCUGCCUAUUUCCGAUGCUGACCUGGCUUACCUCCGCACCUACCAUAAACAACAUCCGGCUGCUGAGAUAUAUGGAUUCACAUCCGCCGAGAGCAAAUUAUUGGACAAUUUGUCCAAAUACCUACUGGCUCGUACAAUUGAAUGGCAAGCUGAGACAGAAAAGGCAUCCACCAAGCUGACAACUGGGGCCAUUGAAGAAUUAAAGAAAGAGCAAGCUAGUCUCAAUCAGUAUUUGAAGAAUGAGGAAAUGGUAGAAGGUGCUGCCACAAACAAUGGCAGGCAAGACGAUUUUGGAGACGAAUGUGAUGAGGAAGUCGAUUAUGGGGAAGAGGAGGAACAAGGUGACUAUGAUAAUGAAACUGGAAUCGACUACGACAUAGGAGAUGACACAGCUUUUGACAUAGAAAACUUAUCCCCAUUUUACAAGGACGAGGCCUUUGGAAAAGGAGAAGGUAAUACAAUGGACAUCAACAUGGUUUAUGUCCUACCUUCAAAACUCAAAGCUCAACCAGGUCAGUCAAAUGAAUUGAUCGGUGACUUUGUUGCCGAUCAACAACCUCGAUUUGAGAUUGAUGAAGUCGAUGCCCAGUUGAAGGAUGAAGAAGGCCGUGUGGUACUCACAAAACCAACGGCCAAAAUGGCUCAACAUUUGAAUCCGUUAUACAUCACGGCUUACAUAGAGGGAUAUCCAAUAACGAAAGUUUUGGUGGACAAUGGUGCAGCAGUUAAUGUGUUACCUAUAGCCGUCAUGAAGAAAUUACGAAGAACUGAAUCUGAUUUGCUCCCUUCAGACAUUACAGUGAGCAACUUCUCUGGAGGUAAGAGUAGGCCAAGAGGUAUCCUCCCACUUGAUGUCACCGUGAGGGAAAAGACAAACAUGACGGCUUUCUUCGUGGUCGAUUCAUCUGCUCAUUAUAAUGCAUUGCUUGGCUGCGAUUGGAUUCACCAGAACUUAUGUGUACCUUCUUCCCUGCAUCAAGUUUUGAUCUUCUGGCAUGGAGACAAAAUUGAGGUCAUUCCAGCAGACAAUAACCCAUUUCAGGCCUCCACCAAUGUACUAGAAGCAAGGUUUUACGAGGAUGAUAUUGGUUACUUCACUUUCAGUGGACGAGAUAGCAAGGGCCGACCUACUCAAGUUACGACCCAGAAAAUUGUCAACCUAGGGACUGAGGAUGUUUUGUAAGAUGCAGAGCGUCCAAUCCUGGUUGACUUAUUCAAGGACAAUAUCAAUGUCUAGAGACCCAAGUUCUCUAGAAAGAAAGGCCGCAGUCCGAUUUAUUUUAGGACGUUUGCUGGCCUAUUGGGCCGACAGGACUACCAAGUCUAACUCGGCCAUCAACUUGAUGGAAUAUAUUACAGAACAACAGGAAGAAGAACUACAGUUGGAAGAUAUCGGCCCAGCCCCAGCAGAAUUAGAAGAUACUGAAGCCAAAACUCAAGAAAUAUUAUCCCACAAUGCGGAAAGCGCGAGCUACUGAGUUAUGGUGUGACCAAGUCGGCCACUAGCUUAUAAUGUGUAUAUGUUUAGGCCGCCUUGAUUUUGGCCGAUGCAGUUAAGCCAACAAGAUUAUUACUUUUAUCAGUUUGUUUGCUUGACCAUUGUGCUUCGUUUGUACUUCCUACUACAAGAUAUAAUCUAUACAUGACACAACAAUGUUUAUGAUAAGUUACCGGCAAGCAAAUAAUUAGUUUUUCAUCGGCCCAUAAAAUUCAAAUGUUUACAAAAACAAGCCAACGGCCGACAAUAGAGCCACAUACAUCAAUCAUCAUUACUCGACUAAUAAAGCUUUCAGAGCUCCCAAGGUUCAACCAGUUUCCUGAGGGUCAUUCUCAAGUUGCAAAUGCGCGUCUGGUAAUACUUUUUUGUUUGCCUUCAUAAUUGUCUUCUCUAGGCCUUUUCGCAGCCAUCGCUUGGCCGACCCAAUCCUACAAGUUAUAUAGCAUCAUUGGUUAGCACAUCAUGUUUCUCAGUGUACAUCAAGUUUCUCGUUAUUCGGUGCUAUGUGCUAUUCGCCGAAAACCAAGAAACUCUGGGGGGGGGGGCAAAGGCAUAUUACAUGCAUAUGAGCCAACAUAUUGUCGUUUAAAAAAAAUGAUCAAAGAGGGAAACGGGUAGUUGGCUACCAACUUUUCAUUUUGAGUUUGCUGCCAACUUUCUUUUUGUGUUGGCUACCAACUUUUCAUUUUGAGUUUGCUGCCAACUUUCUUUUUGUGUUGGCUGCCAACUUUUCAUUUUUGAGUUGGCUGCCACUUUCUUUUUGUGUUGGCUGCCAACUGCUUUCAUUUUGAGUUGGCUGCCAACUUUCAUUUUGUGUUGGCUGCCAACUUUUCAUUUUUGUGUUGGCUGCCAACUUUUCAUUUUUGAGUUGGGUGCCACUUUCUUUUUGGGUUGGCUGCCAACUUUCAUUUUGGGUUGGCUGCCAACUUUCAUUUAAGUUGGCUGACUUGAAUUUCCUCAUGCAUUUGGCCAACUUAAAAAUGUGAACUCCCUUGUUGGCUUACUCUACCUCACUUGGGAUCAUUGGCCAACCUAAGGUUUUUCAUGUGUUGGCUUACUCCUCCUUACUUUGGCCAACUUGAAAAUUGUUGGCCAAGUUGAUUUUUUUUUUUUAUGUGUUGGCUUACCUAAAAUAGCUUUGUUGGCUUCCUUGAAAUUUUUCAUGUGUUGGCUCCUACUAGCCACUCAUUUAAUGGCCAACUUAAGGUUUUUCAUGUGUUGGCCAACAUGAGCUACAAAUUGGCUUUCCAGUGAUAUGUUUUGUUUGUUGGCUGAUAUUUAGCAUUUUUCACUUGUUGGCUUCCAUGAGCCACUCUCACUUGUUGGCCAACUCCAGUUGUAUCAAUCGGCUAAACUCGAGUACGUUAUUUGUUGGCCUUCAUUAGCCGAUUUGCCUCUUCAUUCUUCUGUUGGCCGAUUUGAUUAAUGCUUAUUGGCUUACAUGCAUCCAUUGAGUUGUUGGCCACCAUGAGGCAUAUUCACUUGUUGUCCUACUCAAACUUGUUUAUUGGCUUACUCACAAACCGCUCACUUUGAAUAUCAUUUUGUUCAGUUACAUGCUUAGGCCAAUUUAGUCGAUUUUCCGAAAUAUCAUUCGAACAAGAAAAUACAUUCUAGCCAUCAGGGAGGUCAUGUGGGACAUAAUUACAUGAGUUUUCAGAAGUCGAUUAGGGGGCCGAGUUGACUCAAAUUUCUCAACCACUCGGAGAUAUUCGCCGAUGCUUAAGAAACUUGGGGGGGCAAUGUUUGUACCCACAUCUGCAUGUCCACUCAGACAUAGCUAAUGUGCAUAGUUAGAUUGAUUUCUAAUUACAAUGAGCCGCUCAAAAGGUAAUUGGGGGCCGAUAGAUAGAAAUAUUGACCAAUGAAUAAUUGGACGAUUCAUUUUGGUCCAAGACAAGUCACAUAAAAACUAAGGCCAAUGGGAAGUUUCGAAAGUUAGGCCAUUGGUUAUCGGCCGGCCCGUAGUCGUUAAUUUAAAAAGAAACUUAUUGUCUAAAAGCCCAUCGGCCGAUUGUUCAAGUCCCUCUAGUCAGUUUCCAACUCGAACUCAACUUAGAAAGAUAAUAGCCGAUGUAGUUAGUAGUCCAACCAAAUUGAAGUUCGUUGCCGAUGAAGAGAGUUCAAUCCAAGAUAGUCUUCUUCAAGAUUAAUUGUAGCCGUUGAUGAUGACCAUCAGAGCCGAUCCAGAUAGAGUCCAGCGUCAAGUCAGCAGACGAUAAGUAUUGAAGCCAAAGCAAGAUAGAGUCACUGAGCCAGAAGGAGGCCGGAUUCCACUCAACUUCAAAGAGCCAAGAGAUCAGCUCAAGUCACAGAGCAGCCAAUAUAAAUAGAAGCAUCGACAGAAGACAUAACACACACAACUCCAGAAACUCAAGCCAUCAAGCUUUUCUUGUUUUCGUCUUACCUUUUGCUUAGACAAUUCAUAUUCACUCAUACUCUCACAACCACACCCAAUUCACCCGACCUUCAGCCAUCAAGUCCUUGAUCCAAAGGCAGCGAACUAUCGGCCGAGAAUCAGUUCCUUCCUCGGCCAACAAUUGCUUGAUAAGUCAGAACUACAUCUACUACAACUACAAUUGCACACUUGGCCUUUUGGCCAUGUGCUGGCACGCCCCGCAAUCUACUCACCAAGAAGGACAUUUGUUCCUUGAUCUCUCGGCUUUCUGGCCGAGGUGAUUUUCAGAGGCAACAGAAACUGACCAGUAGCUCAGACAGACUUUUGUUGUAAAUUGUUUCUGUCGGUAUCGGGAGCCUCUGUAAGGCCUCUACCUAGAGAAUCACGGGUUGAGCACCUUCCGUUCCUGGAUAAAGAAAUAUGUCAGAGGAUAGACCGGGGUUGUCGAACGAUGACCCUACCAUGCCUAUAUCGAUAAGGACGCCACGCCCAGUCCAACUCCCUCACUCUUCUCGUCUCCGACUACGUCCGCCACAGCGAGGACGCCACCCAUCUCUGUCUGUUCCUCCACCGCAACGUCUAUCAAGCACCUCACCUUUACGCCCCUCUCCAUCAACUGCUCGAUGUUUUCGAACAAGACUCCAGCCUCAACCAAUCCCAGUGCAGUCACGCCUGGGACAUGUUCCUCCAAUUCGACCACCACGACAACCUUUCCCUUCCCCCAACUCCCACAAGUUCGACGAUAGGCGCGGCCUCUUCAACGACCUCAAGCAGCAGCUCGAUCGCUGCCUUCGGCGCCUCCCGCUCCAAAAUUCACGACAUGUUCCUCCAAUUUGGUUGGGUUGUUCUCUGUUUUCUGAAUUGGGUUUUGGGUGUCUUCUGUUUUGGGGUUUAGAGCUACGGGGAAGAAAGUCAGAUUUGUAGUUUGGUGGUUUGUUGCUGGUUUUGAAGGUUAAUUGUAACUGGAAUUUAUGUGUUGCUGUGAGCUAAGAAAAGGGAAGCUCUUCUACUUUAUUUGUUUCAAUUUGCUUCCUUCAAUAUUUUGGAGCUUCCUCCUCCUCCACAUCCUCCUGCUUUGGAGGACGACUCUAAAGCUGAAGAAACACCAGUGUCUUCUUUGGAGCUUCCCUGCCCCAUUUUGCUUUUGACUUGCGUUGUGCGCAGAAAGAAGAGAAGAGAGAGAGAGAGAAGUAGAAAAAAAUAAUAAUAAAUAAAUAAAAGAGAGAGAAAUUAGAAAAAAAGAGAAAGAAAGAAAAAAAAAAGUGAAAGUGAGGGGUAUAAUAGGCAUUUUGGACCUGUUGUGUGAGAAUUAGAGAGAAUAAGGACUAUCUAGUUUAAUUUAAAAGGCGAGGGACUAAACUGUUUUUAAGGGAAAAGUUUGAGGAGUAACAAGUAUUUAAUCCUUUUAUUUUCUUUAACCCCACCCCUAGAAUUUUAGAAUUUUUACUUGCCCUAGAUGAUUUGUUACUUCUGGAUACUUGGACAAUUUUGUUUUCCUUUUUUCUAACCCCACCCCUCCCUGCCCUUAAUAGGGCUUGAACACAUGACCUCCCUAAACCCUCCCAAAUAGGAAUUCAUUAUCUUAGUACCCCACCAAACAUACGCACCCGGAUACUUAUAAAAUUGAAUUUUUUAUAUAGAAUUUUCUAAUGUUUCAAGAACAGACAUUAAACAUAUUACUCAAGUGACCCCGCAAAAAACUACUUGGUCUCAAAAUAAAAAACAAAUUCAUGAAAUUCUCAAGCCACAAAGAGGCAUUAUUAUGACAUAACUCAUAGAAUCUAGGCACAUACAUAUGUGGCUUUCCAUGAAGACAGUGGUGGAGUUUCAGAGUGUUAGGAAAUUAAUCUUGAAUAUCUUCCGUAUUAGGAAUGUACAAUCUGUAGAUAUCCAUUCCUUUUGUGCUCAUUGAUUGUAGCUUGAUUAUAGGGAUUAGUUACCUUGUGAAUAGGGUCUGUAUCUUGUAAAUAUAUGUAUCCGUCAGUGUAUCAAUGAAAUUCUAUUCCAACCAAAUCUUCUUUCUUUCAUGGUAUCAGAGCAGUACUAAAAUCCUGUGUCUCUCUUGCCGUUGUGCUCUAUCUUCUCGUGCAGUAGCGUCAUUCUCCAAUCUAUAAAAGCCAAUCCCUCACCAUGGGAGAUGAACAAAAACUCAUUCAAUCAGAUGCCCCAAAAGCCGAUCUCUCUAAUCCUUACUUCAUCCAGGUUUGGUUUGGAUUUCAAAACCACUGAAUGGAGAUAAUUACUCAACUUGGCUCCAAGCAAUGACUAUCGCUCUAAAUGCCAAGAAUAAGUUAGGCUUUGUCACUGGCACUAUCAAGCCUCCUUCGGCAGAAACUCAUUCGGAUGAUUAUGCUACAUGGUCUCGGUGCAAGACAUGGUUCAUUCAUGGAUUAUCAACUCCAUUGCUUCGGAAAUCUCAGUCCGCGUGAUCUACUACACCACUGCUCGUGAAGUUUGGGAAGAUCUUCAUGAGUGUUUCUCUCAAAGUAAUGCACCUCACAUCUUUGAAAUUCAGCUUGAGAUUGCUUAUUAUCGACAAGAACAACUUUCAGUUUCUACCUACUACACCAAGUUGAAGAGUUUAUGGGAUGAAUUAUCCUCCUACACAGAUGCGUCUUCUUGCACUUGUGGAGCACAACAUGACCGAAAAAGCUGAUGCAAUUUCUAAUGGGUUUGAAUGAGUCCUACAGUGCUGUGCAAGGAUAGAUCAUUUUCAUGAACCCUCUUCCUUCAGUCAGACAAGCUUAUGGAGCUAUUUGCCAAGAAGAAAAACAAAGACAUCUCAAUACGGCACAUGCCACAGACUCCAGUACAAGCGCGGCUAUGGCGGUCAGAAACAAUCGAUUCAGUCAAUCUGCUCGAUCAACCAAAACUGAGCGUUCAUACCGAUUUACUAGUUCACAAGAUGGGCGACGCACCGAUCAAGAUAAGCAUCGUUUGGGCUCCUAUAAAGGGCGUCCAAGUUGUUCUUACUGGUGGAGACAUGGGGUAUUUUGUUAAAACCUGCUAAAGCUAAUUGAAUAUCCACCUGGUCACCCAAACGAGAGAUCAAACAUGUUUAAAAAUGAUGGGAGCCAUAAUCGUAAUUCUGCAGCUAAUCAAGUUUCUGAGGACUUGACUAAAGCCGACAUAAAAUCUGUGGUGUCUGGAAUUUCGAAGGCACAGCUACAAUAGCUUAUAUCUAUUCUAAGUGUCAAAGAUGGAGGUGCUAAUACUCAAGCUAAUGCAGCAGUAACUAAACCAAAAACUCCAUUAGGAUCUUGUUACAAGGAGGAUGAUUGGUUUAGGUAAGCAGCGUAAUGGCCUAUACUACUUGGUGGCUUUAGCAAUGAAGAAAACAUUGACCAACCCUCCUUCAAUCACAACCAACCAACCAGCCUGCAACCUCGCCACCUCAUCUACCGAUCUCUAGCAUAACCGUUUAGGACAUGUUUCCCUUUCUCAUUUAAAUUUCAUUGCCAAGAAUUUUUUGAAUAUUUCUGUUAAUCCUAAUAAUGCUUGCCCUAUAUGUCCUUUGGCUAAGCAAAGUUGUUUACCUUUUGGUGUUAGUUCAACUUCAUGCUCAACUCCCCUACUAAUUUUGGGGAGAGCGCGUUCUCUCUGCAAUCGAUAUCAUCAAUUUCAUGCUCAA